CGGUGCAGAGUGGCCCAUUGAGCUCGAUCUUUAAAUAGGAGUAAUACCCCUUGUGCAGAGUUGCGGCAGCCUGCUGGCCCGGAUAUUUUAGUCCUUCGUCUGGCUCCAGGCCUCACCGAUAAAUUCCAGGAUGCCCUCAAAUAAAACCAUGCAAGGUGGCAAAGCGUUCGGUCUGUUGAAGGAGCAGCAGAGGCAGAAACUGGAGGAAAUAAAUAAGGAAUACCUGGAAGACCAGAAAUACAGGGACGAAGAAGGCCUGGCUGAGAAACUGGAAAGCUUAAAAAAUAAAUAUGCUGAGUUUGACCUGAACGACGAAGGAGAGAUCGAUAUGAUGGGGCUGAAGCGAAUGAUGGAGAAGCUGGGGGUGCCGAAGACCCACCUGGAGCUGAAAAAGAUGAUUGUGGAAGUGACCGGCGGCAGCAGCAACACCAUCAACUACAGGGACUUCGUCAAGAUGAUGCUGGGAAAGCGCUCCGCUGUGCUCAAGCUAGUUCUGCUUUUCGAAGAUAAAGCCAACAGCAGCCCCUGCAAGCCAGACGGACCCCCUCCGAAACGGGACAUCACCAGCCUGCCUUAAACAGCCUCCAGACC